AUGAAAUUCUUUCUAAAGAAAUGUCUACGCAAAAGACCUCAGGAAAUGAAACCUGGGGCUAUACUCGAUGCCGUCAUUUCUCAAUCAUCGGCCACUACAAAUAAAUGUCUACUGUACAAAUUGGCGGAUUUUAAACGAGGAGGCGAUCUCAUUGAUGCCAUCAAUACGGGUGGUCUUGUUGCUGUAGAGCAAUUGAUACGCGAUCAAUUUGCGGUUUUUAUGUAUAAUGACGGAAAAGGUCAAGUAAUCAAUCGGGCAGAGUUUUUACGCUGGAAAUAUCGCGAUCAUACUGAAGUCACUAUACCCAUUGAGGCCUCACUUUCUAUACACGAUCCUUUGGGUAAAUGGCAGGAUCACAGUGCCUGUUGGCAAAUGCAAUAUCGUGGUGCUUUAGGUGAAAGUUUGUUGCAUGUGCUAAUCAUAUGUGAUAGUAAAGUGCAUACAAAAUUGGCUCGCAUUUUGCUAAGAGUAUUUCCACGCUUGGCUUUGGAUGUAAUGGAGGGAGAAGAGUAUUUGGGUGCUAGUGCUCUACAUUUAGCUAUUGCUUAUAGUAACAACGAAUUGGUUGCCGAUCUAAUAGAGGCAGGAGCGGAUAUAAAUCAAAGGGCUGUGGGUAGCUUUUUUUUGCCAAGGGAUCAACAGCGCUCUAAUCCGGCCAAAUCUACCGAUUACGAAGGUCUUGCUUACAUGGGCGAAUAUCCCUUGGCUUGGGCAGCUUGUUGUGCUAAUGAAAGUGUCUACAAUUUGAUUAUAGAUCAUGGCGCUGAUCCUGAUGCUCAAGAUUCAUUCGGAAAUAUGAUCUUGCAUAUGGUAGUAGUAUGCGACAAAUUGGAUAUGUUCGGUUACGCUUUACGUCAUCCGAAGACUCCCGCAAAAAACGGCAUCGCUAAUCAUGGUGGAUUGACACCGUUAACUCUGGCUUGUAAACUAGGGCGAGCCGAAGUAUUUCGCGAAAUGUUAGAGUUGUCAGCUCGUGAAUUUUGGCGUUACAGCAACAUAACUUGCUCUGGUUAUCCGUUAAAUGCUUUGGAUACUUUACUGCCAGACGGACGCACAAAUUGGAAUUCGGCUUUGUUUAUUAUAUUGAAUGGAACAAAAGAAGAACAUUUAGAUAUGCUGGACGGUGGAAUUAUUCAACGUUUGCUUGAGGAAAAAUGGAAAACAUUUGCCCAAAAUCAAUUUCUUAAACGCCUUCUAAUUCUUAUGGUGCAUCUGCUUUGCCUCUCGGUAUCUGUAUACUUAAGGCCGAUGCAUGAUACAGAUGACGACGACGACGACGACGACGGCGACGACGAUAACGAAGAUAGCGAUUAUAAAACUAAAGGGGGAGAAGUUAGAAAGCUAAAUCAGGAGGCAGAAGAUUAUGAUGUCCAAACUAUAGCUCGUUAUUGUGCUGAGUUGGCAACGAUUGCAGGUGUUCUAAGUUUUCUAAUUUUUCAGCAGGGAGAUGAAAUCAAAAAUCAAGGAUUAUCAGCAUUUCUUAAACAGUUGUCUCACGCUCCCGCGAAAGCUAUAUUUUUAGUAUCGAAUAUAUUGAUUUUAUCCUGCAUACCAUUUCGUUUAAUGGGCGACACCGAUACUGAGGAGGCCAUAUUGAUAUUUGCUGUGCCGGGGAGUUGGUUUUUGUUAAUGUUUUUCGCAGGUGCCAUUCGCCUAACCGGGCCAUUCGUGACUAUGAUUUAUUCGAUGAUAACUGGUGAUAUGUUUACGUUUGGCAUUAUCUACUCGAUUGUUUUGUGCGGAUUUUCGCAAGCAUUCUAUUUUCUGUAUAAAGGACAUCCGCAGUUGCAAUCUACAAUGUUUAAUACAUUUUCCAGCACAUGGAUGGCCUUGUUUCAGACCACUUUGGGCGAUUAUAAUUAUCCAGAUCUGAAUCAGACCACUUACCCGAAUUUAUCUAAAACAGUUUUCGUAAUGUUUAUGAUUUUUGUACCCAUUCUACUCUUGAAUAUGUUGAUUGCUAUGAUGGGCAACACGUACGCGCACGUUAUUGAACAAUCGGAAAAGGAAUGGAUGAAGCAAUGGGCAAAAAUCGUUGUAACUCUCGAGAGAGCUGUACCGCAAGCAGACGCGAAGAAUUAUUUAGAAGCUUACUCUAUACCGUUAGGUCCUUCAGAUGAUUCAGGUUUUGAGGUGCGAGGAGUAAUGGUUAUCAAGAGUAAAAGUAAGACAAGGGCUAAGCAAAGAAAGGGCGCCGUUUGUAAUUGGAAACGAGUCGGUCGUGUAACAUUGAACGCUUUGAAGAAACGCGGCAUGACGGGAGAAGAAAUGCGACGUCUUAUGUGGGGAAGAGCUUCUAUAUCUAGUCCCGUUAAGAUUACCAAAAAAAAAUUGAAGGAUCCAUAUAACUUGCAUCCCGAAUUGGCCAUCCAAGCAAAUAUUACAAAUGCCAUGGAUAUGUUAAACUUUGCAGCCGAACUUUCCCCUGGUGUUUCAACUUGUUCGAAGACGGCAACUGUUCCGAAAGAUGACAUUAUAUCACCAACUGAUCCAAUAAGAGACUUGAUAAUAAUGUCUGAAGAAAAACCUGAAACUCAGGAUCCCCAGUUUUAUGCUGGUCUUAUACAACUGGCCAAUAAAGCCUUUGAGUUGGUGGAACAUACCAUGAAAUCGCAGUCCGUAGAAAUGCAAAGCGCAAUAACGACAUUACAGGCCAACAAUCAAAACGACGUAAAUAUAAUGCAAUGUGAUGAGAUUUUCAUGCAGGAAGAGGAUAUGGGUACAGAAAUCGGUUGUAACGUGGGCCUGUCAUUGCCUGGCAAUUUGACAAACUUGUUUCAAGAUCCAAAAGAUAUUGUAGACCCUGAGAAGCUUGAACAAUUCUUAAAAAUGGUAGCGGAGGUAGAAACUGAAGAAAGCGAUGGAGGCGGACCUAUAUUGGGAAAAUUGUCACUGGCUCGUAGAACUCGUAUGGCUUUAUUUAAAGCUACAAUACCUGAAAAUAAUUUGGAAAGCAGCCCAGAAAAUUUAAUCACAUCAGUCUGGGAUCACAAUUUCGAUUUCCAAGAGGCAAUAGCCAUUGAACAUGUGCUCACGGUGGAACAAGAGCCUGACGUUGAAACCGAAGAUGGUAAUGAGCAAACGGGCGCAAGCAGCGAUGAUAAACCCACAGCUGAAGAGAUUCAUGCCACCAUCAAACAAUUUCAUUUACGUAAGCGACAAUAUCAACAGGACGAUGCAGCUCGCCGCGCCAAAAGUGCUAGAGUAAGACGAAAGAAUCGAGUUUCCCCGGAGUAUUGUGCUGAUGAAAUGGAUUAUAGUCGGGGCCGUUCAGCGCCAUUAAAAUUGAAACGAGGUGAAGAGAAGGUAUCUCCGCCCGAUCCUUUGGAGCCAUGGAGUACACGUGAAUUGCAAAAUAUAAAUAAAAUAUUAGGUGCAAAAUAA